UGCUAGGGUCAUACGUGUGCGGCCGUCCGUCGCGCUCCUACGAGUACGCGCACUUCCCGAGCUCCGCGGUUCCCGCUAGCUUACGAACUUUGACGUCCGGCAGUAGUACCUUUCGAGAUGGCGGGGGUAGUGUGUUUAGCCAUCUUGGAAACAGGCGAGCGUAAAAAGCUCGUGCUGCCGACAGGAACCCAUGCAGAACUUCUGGCGGCUUUGGCGCCAUUUGUGCCCGUCAACGAGAACACACUGCUCCAGGUCCACGACGACGAUCUGGAUGACUUCAUUGACCUGGAGGCAGAUGCCAUAAUUCCCACCAAGGCGAAGAUAAAGGUGGCAAGAAAAACAGUGCCUCAUACAGAUGAAAGCAUGAUUGCUGUGCAGUGCACGAGCCCGGACACCAGCUUCUCAAAUGCGUCCGACAAUGCUGGCCCCACUAAUGAGCUUCUUGGUCUCAGUGAUGGCUCCUCCAUCGUGGAGGUGCAUGUGCCACUUCAAAAGCAGUUUGACUAUUUGGACUUUAAAUUGCCAUCAUUCGGCCCAUACGAAGAGGUCCUACAGCGGAAAGAGCCCGUGGGGGGACCAGUGAGGCGAGCAAUCAUUAACCGCCUUUUUCAAGCGUGUUUCGAGAUAGUAUGGUACCCUUCUAAGGAGCUUUACUGCACUGCAGUGGAGCAACUAAUUCAAAAAUAUCCGCACUUGCGUGACAACGUGAAGAUAGGCAGUGGCAUGGAAUCGUGGAAAGUUGCCCUCAAGAAUAAGUUUAAGAACAACAGAAAGAAGGCAGUGAAUGUGUCUACGGAAAUGCAAGCGGUUCGGGCCCAGAGCUACCGCAAGAGUCCCAGGGAGCCAGUGGUGGAGGUGGCGAACAAGAAGCUAUGCCGCCUCUCUGACAACAAUGACCUCAUCAUUUAUGGGGAGACCAUGGAGUCGCGACAAAAACAUAACGAGUGGCUACAGCAACAUUUUGCAACUGCUGAUCCAGAAGAUUUGCGGCCACGUCUUCUUGCAACAGCCAAGGAACGGCACGAGUGUCUUCGCCGAAUCACGUUGUCGGAGGCGCUCCUGCAGUAUCCUUUCCUAGCAACAGAACACUCGCUGCUGAUGGAGUUCAAUAUAUUGUUCAAAAGAACAAUACUCGACAGUAUUGAGCAUGGCUGCAGCCGUCUGUGCAGCAUCAUUCUCGACCACGCGGAGCAGGACGAGGUUGUUCAAUUCUCUGCCAUGGCUUCUGAGGAUGGUGUGCUUGGUGUCCUGAACUUCAUUGCAGGCCGCUGCAAUGAAUCACUUGAUGCUAUCUUAACAGAAACAGCUGCGGUCCCACUAACUCCAUGCCUCCAGAGGGCAUCUGAUGGCUCCCUCGCGCUGCACAUCGAUGCGCAGCGAUUGUUUGUGACGUCAUCACUGCUAGCAGGCCUGGCCUGCCUUUUCGCUUCGUUCUGGGUAUUCCACAUUGUAUACCCAAAAAAGGCCCACAGGAUUUUAACAUUCAUUGAGCACUGCUUUCUGGAUUUGUGUUACACAAAGCCACGGGUGAAAGCAUUAGAGUUAGUAAAUUUCUACAAGAACUGUUGCUAG